AUGGCGGGGUUCACAGAUGCACCAGAGUCGUCUACCAAGCUAUAUCACCCACUCCAGGAUGCGGCAUCAUCGGGUUCUGGUGUUGAUGAGCAUCUAAACUGGGGAAUUCGCCUCCUUUUACUCUUACCAGGCGACCGAGAUUCUACGAUUCAAUGUAGUCUAUCGGUUUCGACGAUAGGAGAUAGUUUGGGGGCUUAUGAAGCCCUAUCUUACGUUUGGGGCGCACCCGCGACUACAGACACCGUUAUCCUUGAUGGACGACCCGUACUUGUUACUCGAAACCUCCAAUGCGCAUUACAGUGCCUCCGUUACAAGACAUCGGCGAGAGUCUUGUGGGUUGACGCGCUUUGUAUUGAUCAAACGAGUACGGAGGAUAAAAGCCUCCAAGUCCCGCGUAUGUGGGCGGUGUUUACCUUUUGUCAGAAGGCUCUAAUAUUUCUGGGCGAUGAAUCAGAUGACAGCGACCGAGCGCUGAAUCUCUUACAGAAGAUCUCGGAACUGCCUCCAAGUGAUCUCGAUGCAGUGGCAAGAAUGGCGGGCGAUCAUAGCCUGGCAUCAUCCUGGAAUGCCCUCUUGAAACUGACACAACGACAAUGGUGGGGUCGCGCAUGGAUAAUUCAGGAAUAUGUUGUUGCAACGAAAGUCCAGUUCCUAUGUGGCGCGUGCAUUUUACAAGGCGAGGAGUUUUCCAAAGCAUUCAGUCUUCUUAGAGACUAUCGAUUCAAGGGCAUAGUUCCACCAGAACAAGCUGACCUAAUCCGACAUGUCGCGCCUACGUCGAUUCAUCACCUUUGGUUCACGCGAGAAGAAUACCAAAAAGGCUUGAAGCAACGCAAGCAGGCUGUAGAUGUACUUUACAAGUUCAGAGCAUCACAGUCGUUAGAUCCACGGGAUAAGAUUUUUAGUGUGUACAAACUCAUAGGCCAGAUACCCGAAUUGGCUCCAAAUUACGGACAGUCUGUCCAGCAUCUUUACCAAGCCGUUGUGAAGACCACCAUUGAAUACUCAGGGACCUUGGAGAUUCUGUCACAUCACAACCAGAAUGUUCGGUCUCGGCUUAUAUUGCCAAGCUGGUGUCCUGAUUGGACGAUA